AUACGUACCACAGGUUGUUGGAUGGAUCGAUCCUGCGCCCUUGACUUACCUGGCAUUUUCGAAAGAGCACCUUUCGUUCUUGGGAGUUAGGACUAGGGCCGUACACGGAGUUCUCUGGCCGGUGUAGUCUUUGAACUGAAGCUAGAGCUCUUGUAUUGUAUCAUCCAACGUCUCGUUGAGCAUGAAAAUCCUGGCAAAUCCAUUUCCAACCUUCACGACGGCGGCUAAACACCACUACUCUGAUGGCCUUAGACUCAAAAACAAAUGCAUCAAUACGUAUAUUACAAAAGCGUCCGUCAAACCUCCACCCCCCGAAUUCGAUUUCAGAACCGAAAUCUUGAGUGGAUCCCAAACCGCAAUUGCUGAAACGCAUCCGGAGUUACUUGACUUGGCCAACAAUGGAAGCUUGGUUCUCGUCACCAAGAACCAGUACGGUCCAGUGCCAAGCUGGAGAACAGAGUUCGCUGAACCAGAGGCCAUUUGGCUAUUUGGAACCACCCAUAUUUCAAAGGAGUCUGCCGAUGAUGUUGGAAGGGUCAUUCGUGCUGUAAAGCCUGAUAAUGUCGUUGUCGAACUUUGCAGAAGCAGAGCUGGGAUUAUGUACACUUGUAGCGAUGGGAAGCUAAAGAAGCAGUUAAGGUCGAGCAUGUUUUCUUUGAGUGGGACUGGAUUCUUUGGUGCAGUUGGUCGCAGCCUAGGCUUGGGUGGUCAAACUGCUUUAGCAUUGCGCCUACUGUUGGCAGCAUUCUCUUCCAAGUUAUCUUCAGAAAUUAAUCGACCUUUUGGAGAUGAAUUUCGUGCUGCCCGAAAGGCUGCUGAAGAAAUUGGUGCUCAGAUGGUACUAGGAGAUCGCCCAAUUGAAAUUACUCUUGAACGGGCAUGGAAUUCUCUGAUAUGGAAGGAAAAACUGAGUCUGUUGACCUCCGUUAUUGGUGGAUUAACAUCAUUGUCGGACCUAUCCAUGAAGACAUUAAAGGAAUCAAGCGCUCGGGAAGAAAACUGUUUCCAGCUCUAUGAGCAGUUGAGCUUUUCAUAUCCAUCGCUCCUGCAGCCCCUCAUACAUGAACGCGACACGUAUCUAGCAUGGUCUCUGAAGAGGAGCAAAGCUGUGAAUAAUAGUAAGCAAGUGGUGGGAGUAAUAGGAAAGGGGCACAUGAAUGGAGUCAUAUACUCGCUGAUAUCGGAUCAAGGGAACUUGCGGUUCCGGGAUCUUGCAGGACAAAGAGCUUCAGGAGAUGGCUCCACUUGGCUUGUUCGUGCUCUUAGAAGCUUGAUCAGGGACACUGCACUUGGCAUACUACUCUGGUUGCUCUACGAGAAGAUUAAGACUGGGUGAUCAGUAGUAAUGCAUACGUUCAGAAUUUAAUUUACUACCAGGAGACGAUAUAUCUGAGCUAAAACCUUCCCGCAUUAUCUGGAACACGCAACAACAGGCACAAACAAUUGUGUUCCAUUCCUUUUUCUUACUAAUCCGAAUUGUGCUGCUGUCCUGAUAUUCAACAUAAUUUUCAGUCACGCAACUAUUUGAUCGCGGAUCAAGAAUUGCCCAGAAACGGAUUCCUAGUUUCUUUGGUUA